AUGUCAGGGGAAGCUCGGGGGGAAACCCCUGGUCCCCCAAACGGCUUCGCCAAGCGAGUCCUGGUCACUGGCGGUGCUGGCUUCAUUGCAUCACAUGUGAUAGUCUCUCUAGUAGAAGAUUACCCAGACUAUAUGAUCAUAAAUCUUGACAAGCUCGACUACUGUGCAAGCCUGAAAAACCUUGAAACUAUUUCUAACAAACAGAACUACAAGUUUAUACAGGGUGACAUUUGUGAACCUCACUUUAUAAGACUGCUUUUUGAAACUGAGAAUAUAGAUAUAGUCCUACAUUUUGCAGCUCAAACACAUGUAGAUCUUUCAUUUGUUCAUGCCCUGGAGUUUACCUAUGUCAAUGUUUAUGGCACCCAUGUUUUGGUGCGUGCUGCUUAUGAAACCGGAGUAGAGAAGUUCAUUUAUGUAAGCACUGAUGAAGUAUAUGGAGGUAGCCUUGAUGAGGAAUUUGAUGAGUCUUCACCAAAACAACCUACAAAUCCUUAUGCAUCAUCCAAAGCAGCUGCAGAAUGUUUUGUACAGUCUUACUGGGAACAAUAUAAGUUUCCAGUUGUUAUCACACGGAGCAGUAAUGUUUAUGGACCACAUCAAUAUCCAGAAAAGGUUAUUCCAAAAUUUAUAUCUUUAUUGCAACACAACAGAAAAUGUUGCAUUCAUGGUUCAGGGCUCCAAACAAGAAAUUUCCUUUAUGCUGCUGAUGUAGUGGAAGCCUUUCUCACUGUUCUAAAGAAAGGGAAACCAGGUGAAAUUUAUAACAUAGGAACCAAUUUUGAGAUGUCAAUUGCACAACUUGCCAAAGAAUUAAUACAAUUGAUCAAAGAGACCAAUUCAGAAUCUGAAAUGGAAAAUUGGGUUGAUUAUGUUGAUGAUAGACCUUCCAAUGACAUGAGAUAUCCUAUGAAAUCAGAAAAAAUGCAUGGUUUAGGAUGGAGACCUAAAGUUUCCUGGAAAGAAGGAAUAAAGAAAACAAUUGAAUGGUACAAAGAGAAUUUUCACAACUGGAAGAAUGCAGAAAAAGCUUUGGAGCCCUUUCCUGUGGAAUAAAUGUUUUUACCGUAAGAAACAUUUAUGGGAGAGAGAAAGGAAGAAAAUUAUUUCUACCUCAUAGAUACUUGAUAUGAAUUCAAGUUUCCAGUCAGAAUCACCUUUCCUUUUGUUUUUGCACAAAGUCUCAAAGACAAAGUUAUGUUAUAAAUAAUAGUAUUCUCAAUUCUUGGUAGAGUUAAAUUAGGAGCUGGCUUGAUGGAAUUUUGUCUUACUCCUGUCAACCAUAUUCCCCUGAAAGGAUGAUGUUACUUUCCUGUACAAUAGGAAAAACAGUGGGCAGCAAUAAGUGAAUGUGGAGAAGCACACCUUAGAGAUGUAUCUCUUGAAAGUUCCAUCAACUAGAGGCCUGCUUCCCAAUGCUAUACUGACCCAGAAAUGAAUCAUGGCAGUGGGGGAGACAUUACUUAAAGGGCUUUGUCCUCUAGUCUUACACAAAAGUGAAUAUGCUACAGAUCUACUUCCCCUUACAAAUUUCGGUCUUUAGUUAAUACAGAGUAAAUUUUUAUCUUAAUUCAAGUUUGAAAUUCCAUUAUAUGGUUUGCAAUAAAAUGAGAAAUACCUGUCUCUACAUAGCAAAAAAGAUGGGACAAGAUGAAAGCAUUUCAAGCACUUUUAAAUUUUGGUACUUGAUUUUUAAUAAUUCAUUAACUUCAAUAAAGUUUACUGUGCAAUUUGAAAACUUCUAAAAGAAUAUAUUUUUAGAAAUAGGAAUGUAAGAUUUAUAUAAGUUUUUGAAUUAAUUAUUUUAACUGCAAAAAAACCAUCUUGAGAAAAAGGAAUGUAUUGCAAGUCUAGCUUUCAUUUUGUAUUUAUGAAAUUAUGUCAUAUAAUUAUGUCACAUUAAUGUUUUAAUGAGAUAUACAUGCUUUUAUUCUAUUUUCUGUUUAAAAUACAAUGAGCCUUUUGUAUAGAUGUUCACAUGACAUUUUAUAUAUAUUCAUGACCAAAAAUGUACAGCUUAGCCAACUUAGGUUAAAUGAUGCUGGAAAUGUAAAACAUUUAUUCAACAGAUAUUUUUGGAGUAUACUUUGUACGUAUCACUGAACUUAAGAAAUAUUACAAAUCAGUGUUAUUUUUUAAAGACCAACAAAUUGUUUUUGUUUUUAAUUUUUAGAAUUAUUUUUAUACUUUUAUUAAGUUCAGGUCUUUUGCUAUCCUGGUUAACAUUAAGUCUCAACAAAAUUGGCUUAUUACAAAAACACAUUCAUUGUAAAAUUAUUUAGAUUUUUAAUAUUUAUAAAAUUAUGUCCA